AUGGGCUGCAUGAACUCGAAGGACAUCAGCCCGGAGAUGAAGGAGCAGGGGAAGCACAGCGCCGCCAUAGACAAGGUCAUCCGGGCAGACAAGAAGAAGUACGACAGGACGGUCAAGAUACUGCUGCUCGGCGCUGGAGAGUCCGGCAAGUCGACCAUCAUCAAGCAGAUGCGCAUCAUUCACUCCGGCGGAUUCCCUAUAGACGAGCGCCGGCAGACUCGGGCGGUCAUCUACUCCAACAUGAUUGUCGCCUUCAAGCUGCUCAUCGAGAUCAUGGAAGCGGAGAACAUAAGCUUCGAGCAUGAAGCUACGGAGCCCCUCGCCCACUUCAUCCAGACCAGCGAAGCAGACGUCGAGUGCGAUGAAGCCUUCACCGAUAUCAAAGUGCGGGAGGCCGUCAAGACAAUGUGGGAGGAUGCCGGCGUCCAGAAGGCAGUCGCCCGAGGCCACGAUAAGUUUGGGCAGGAAUCUCUCUCUCUCUCUCUCUCUCUAACAAUAGCCGUUCUAUCUGCCUUUUUCUUUUUGAAACUAGCUAUUCUGACGGAUUGCGGCAGCUACUUCAACUCGCUGGACCGGAUAUUCACGCCUGGCUGGCUGCCAAACAACCAAGACAUGCUGCAUUCCCGGCUACGGACUACCGGAAUCACCGAGACCCUCUUCGAGCUCGGCCAGAUUAACUUCCGCAUGAUGGAUGUUGGCGGCCAGCGGUCGGAGCGGAAGAAAUGGAUCCAUUGCUUCGAAGGCGUACAGUGUCUGCUGUUUAUGGUAGCCCUAUCCGGCUACGACCAGUGUCUAGUGGAGGACCAGACUGCUAACCAAAUGCAUGAAGCUAUGAUGCUCUUCGAAUCUCUUGUCAACGGCGAAUGGUUCAAACGCAAGCCCGUCAUCCUCUUCCUCAACAAGAUCGAUCUCUUCAAGGAGAAACUCGCCAUAUCGCCUGUCUCCAAACACUUCCCGGACUACAGCGGGCGAGACGGUGACUUCGAGGCCUCUGCAAAGUACUUCGCCGACAGGUUCAGAGGCAUCACUCGUGUCCCCGAACGAGAGAUAUACACCCACUACACUAACGCAACUGAUACCACCCUCCUAAAGGCCACCAUGGACUCGGUGCAGGACAUGAUCAUACAGAAGAACUUGAACAACCUGAUCUUAUGA